AAAAAACCAUGGCUCCCAAGCUUUCUCAUCAUAUAAUCUCAGAAGCUUUGUUGCUGCUUAUAAUGCAGUCUUUGUUUGUUAAUUCCGCAUCUCAUUUCAGAUCUCUCCAAUUAUUUGAAGGAGCUCAAAAAGGAUACACAUUGAAAGGACUUAAUCACGUCAAGCAAUACUUGAAAGCCUUUGGGUAUUAUUAUUCCAUUAACGAUGCCAAUUUCACUGAUCAUUUCGAUAGCUUGUUAGAAUCUGCACUUAAAGCUUACCAACAAUACUAUCGUCUCGAGGUAACAGGAAAAAUCAACUCUGAUACCAUGAAAAAAAUGUCAACCCCUAGAUGUGGCGUUCGAGAUGUUUUCAACGACUCAAAUGAUGGUUUCAAGUUUCGUAUGGUAGGUAACUAUACCUUUUUUAAUGGGAUGCCUCGAUGGAACAAACGCCAAUUGACCUACAAGUUACGUUCUAGUGCACAUGUGAUUAGUGAUCGACAAUUAAGGCCUAUCAUAGCUAGGGCAUUUGGUAAAUGGGCUGAUGUUUCCAAUUUCACAUUUCGGGAAGCGUGGGUAUUCAAUCCAUCAGAUAUCGUGGUGGGGUUUCAUCGUCGUUUUCAUUGGGACAACUACCCAUUUGAUGGCCCAGGAAAUGUUUUGGCUCAUGCUUUUGCACCCGAAGACGGGAGGCUUCAUUACGAUGCUGAUGAGAAUUGGAGUACUAAUAAUCUUACAAGACUAGAUCAAAUCGAUAUAGAAUCUGUAUCUAUUCAUGAAAUAGGACAUAUUUUAGGACUUGGGCAUAGUCGGGACCCAAAUGCGAUUAUGUACCCAUAUUAUAGGCCUGGAACCAUCAAAAGGAAUCUAGGCCAAGAUGAUAUUGAUGGCAUAGGAGCUCUGUACUUCGGUCGGUAACAAAUUAAACUUAUAUGUUUUGAUGCAAA